AAAUCCCUCAAAAACCUCUUUUUACACUCUCACUCUUUUAGUCCUUUCACUCUCUCUCUCUCUCUCUCCCAGUGCCAUUGCCGCCAUGUCCACCACUCUUGAGAUAGAGCCGGCCACAAAACACGACGAAAACGACGUUUCUCCGGUCGAAGAAGUCCGUUUAACUGUCUCAAACGACGACGAUCCCACCCUUCCAGUAUGGACCUUCCGAAUGUGGACGCUAGGCCUCGCCUCCUGCGCCCUCCUCUCAUUCCUCAACACUUUCUUCUCCUACCGCACGGAGCCCCUCAUCAUCUCGAUGAUAUCCGUACAGGUGGCGACGCUCCCCAUCGGACGAUUCAUGGCGAGGGUGCUGCCGAAGCGGAAGUUUCAGAUAGGGUUGAAGGAGUUCUCGCUGAACCCUGGUCCGUUUAACAUGAAGGAGCACGUGCUGAUAUCCAUAUUUGCCAAUGCUGGCUCCGGAUUCGGAAGUGGAACGGCUUAUGCGAUUAGCAUUGUGGAUAUAAUAAAAGUUUAUCAUAGAAAGAUCUCGUUCUUGGCCAGUUGGAUACUUGUUAUAACCACGCAGGUAUUAGGGUAUGGGUGGGCUGGUAUUCUCAGAAGGUACGUGGUGGAUCCGGCGGAGAUGUGGUGGCCGAGUAGUCUCGUUCAAGUCUCCUUGUUCAGGGCUCUACAUGAGAAAGACAACAAUCGAAUGUCAAGAGGGAAGUUCUUUUUUAUAGCACUCGUAUGCAGCUUCGCUUGGUUUGUCGUCCCCGGCUAUCUUUUCCCAACCUUGUCAACAAUUUCAUGGGUUUGUUGGAUAUACCCUAAGUCAGUCACUGCCCAACAAAUAGGGUCAGGCAUGGGAGGACUUGGCAUUGGAGCCUUUUCACUUGAUUGGACAGUCAUAGCCUCCUACCUCUACAGCCCUCUCAUCAGCCCUUUCUUUGCCAUUGUCAAUGUUGCUGCUGGCUAUGUUCUUGUUAUGUACAUGUUACUGCCAAUUGCCUAUUGGGGUGUCAAUUUGUACAAUGCCAAGAACUUUGCAAUCUUCUCUUCACAUUUGUUUGACGCCGGUGGCCAAAUAUAUAAUGUCUCCGCCCUUGUGAAUAACAAGUUUGAGAUUGACAUGCCUGCCUAUGAAAGACAAGGACGCAUAAACUUGAGUGUGUUCUUUUCUUUGACAUAUGGCAUCGGUUUUGCGUCUGUUGUCUCGACCCUCACGCACGUUGCCCUAUUCAACGGAAGAGAGAUAUAUAAACAAUACCGAAGGGCAUCACAGAGUGUAAAGGUGGACAUACACACCAGAUUAAUGAGGAAAUACAAGGACAUACCUAACUGGUGGUUUCAUCUUAUGCUUUUGGUGUCCCUGGUACUCUCUCUAGUGAUGUGCAUAUUCAUGAAAGAUCAAGUCCAAAUGCCAUGGUGGGGACUUAUUUUUGCAGCUGGACUUGCAUUAGUUUUCACUCUUCCUAUAAGCAUUAUAACUGCCACAACAAAUCAGUCUCCAGGACUAAACAUCAUCACAGAAUACAUUAUGGGAUUGAUAUUACCUGGCAAGCCAAUAGCCAAUGUGUGUUUCAAAACAUAUGGAUAUAUAAGCAUGUCGCAGGCAAUUUCCUUUCUCAAUGAUUUUAAGCUAGGUCAUUACAUGAAGAUCCCACCUAUAUCCAUGUUCAUAGUCCAGUGCAUAGGAACAAUAAUAGCUGGAACAGUCAAUAUAGGAGUUGCAUGGUGGCUGCUGUCUAGCAUUGAAAACAUAUGUCAAGAUCAAUUACUCCCUCCCAACAGUCCUUGGACUUGUCCUGGGGACCGUGUCUUCUUUGAUGCAUCUGUGAUUUGGGGCCUUGUCGGACCAAAACGAAUCUUUGGCUCUCUCGGAAACUACAAAGCACUCAACUGGUUUUUCCUCAUAGGUGCAUUGGGACCUCUAUUGGUCUGGUUGCUGCACAAAGCUUUCCCAAGUCAAAAGUGGAUCAAACUGAUCAACCUCCCAGUACUUUUGGGAGCAACAGCUGCAAUGCCACCAGCUACAACUGUGAACUUCAAUUGCUGGAUUGUGGUUGGAACUAUUUUCAACUACUUUGUUUUCAGGUACAGAAAGCAGUGGUGGCAGAGGUACAAUUACGUUCUUUCUGCUGCCCUAGAUGCUGGAGUGGCUUUCAUGGGGGUACUUUUGUACUUUUCUUUGACCACUUACGAGAAGAGCAUAUCCUGGUGGGGAACAAAUGGUGAACACUGUGAUUUGGCUACAUGCCCCACAGCCAAAGGUAUAGUUGUUGAUGGUUGCCCUGUCUACUAAUUCCCAUUUCAAAAGAGAUUUUAAUUAGUAUAUAUAUUUAUAUGAAGAAUGAACCAGUGUUCUUGAUGAGACUGAAUUCUAUAUUUACACGUUAUAAUUUUACCAACGAUGCUGCUUCUAAAUUAA